AAAUGAGCCAAGGAAGAAAUAACAAUCAACCAUUUAAUUUAGGAAGUAAUGCUUCUGAAUUUGAUCAAUAAUUUCUCUUUUAAAGGUAUAACAUUAUUUCUACAGACUACUAUAAACAUUUUAUUGUAUUUAAUGAUAUCCAUAUAUUAUAUUUUGAUAUACCUAUAAUUAUAUUAGCAAUCAACAAUUAUUACAUAUGUUUACUCCUGAAAUGCAACAAUAUUUAUUGAGAUAACUAUUAAAUCCAAACCUAUUACAAUGCAUUAAUUAAAACUAAUAAUUAAAGGAUUACUUUCAACCCUCCAAUUUACUAAGUAAAGAUAAUUAUGCAUUUCAUACUUACAAUAUAUCAUAUAUAUAUAUGUUUGUUUGAUUAAUUAGUUA